ACAAUCUCCAAAAGCAGUUUUGAAACAACAAUUUUAACCAUGAUGUAACUGCCUACUUAUGCAACCAAUUUCCCAAAAAUGCACGUCAGCUGACGGCCAAGCGGGGCCCCCAUUUAUUUAUAAACAGUAGUGCAUCAAAAACCUAAACAGAAAACGAAAUUUCAUAAUGUUCGUUGACCCAGAAGUGGUGGUUCUUUUCGAGGGUUACUCAAGAAAAUUCCAGGAUGUCCUUCAAGCGAAUUGUACAUGCACAUUAAUCAAAGCUCAAGUGAAUAUUAUUGUUGAUACGAUGACAGCUUGGGAUGGCGAGAGAAUAAAAAUGGCUUUAAAAGAGCACGAUUUAACAUGUAACGACAUCAAAUUCGUUAUUUGUACCCACGGGCAUUCCGAUCAUAUCGGUUGUAAUUAUUUAUUUCCAAUGGCUCAACACCUCGUGGGAUACAACAUAUCACAAAGGGAUUCUUAUAAAGAAUUUGAUUUUAACUCGGGAAGUCCCUACGAAAUAUGUCAAGGGAUAAAAGUUAUUGGAACUCCCGGUCACACGAUGCAAGAUGUUUCUGUUAUAGUCUCGACGGUUAGUAGAGGAAUAAUAGCAAUAACAGGGGAUUUAUUUGAGAAUCAGCGUGAUAUAAGAAAUCCGCAAAUUUGGAAAGAUGCUGGAAGUGACAAUGAAGAGUUACAAGAAAAGCAUAGGAAGGAAAUUUUAAGAUUUGCUGAUUAUAUCGUUCCCGGACAUGGACCGAUGUUUAAGGUGUCAGAGUGUAUUUAAGACAACCGUUUUUUUACGAGUGGGAUGAAUGAGAUUUUGUUUGAUUUGAUGUGAACAUUGAUUAUUUAUAAAUAAAUUAUGAUGUUUUUUAA